AAGCAGGUGCUGAAGAUGGGACACGGAGGGACGUUGGACAGCGCCGCCAGCGGGGUGUUGGGUGAGGAUGAAACCUAAAUGUUCUAAAUGGAUGCCGGAGUCGUAGGUGUUGGAAACGGGACGAAGAUGCUCAGCACCAUGUUGACCGGAUCAAAGGUGAGAAGCCGAUGGCUUGGAGCGUCCUGCUUGUUCCUCUGCUGUCAGGAACUCGUUUGUUUCCUUUCAUAUAAGGUCUGGUCUCAUUACGUCUCAAACCUCCUCCUUUUGGACGGAAACAUCAGGGCCACUGCUAGAUGUCUGGGGGCCCUAAGCUCAACUGUUUCUCUAGUUUGUCCAGCUGUUGAGAGGCUGCUGCUUAUCAGGACGCCUCCAUCACGCUCCACCUUUAGAGGAGGAGGGGGAGGAGAGCUGCGAUGUGAUGAAAAAUAUGUAGCUGUAGCAGAGCUGGGAAAAGCAACGGACACUCUGGAUGCCACCGGCAGUGUGAUUCUGGAGAAAGAUUUUGAACACAUCACCAGAGGCGACAUGGAGGACAAGCUCAAGUCUUUCACCGGCGACAUCAUGCAGGUUCCUCCGCUGUACUCUGCUCUGAAGACUCAGGGCCAGCGUCUGUCCGUCCUGCUGAAACAAGGUCACACGGUUGAAGCCAAACCUGCUCGUCCGGUCACGGUGUACAGUCUGACCCUGCAGGACUUCAAGCCUCCUCUCUUCACCCUGGAUAUCGAGUGUGGUGGUGGAUUUUAUGUCCGAAGCUUGGUGGACGACCUGGGAAAAGCGCUGUUGUCAUGCGCUCACGUGAAGGAGCUGAUCCGGACCAAACAAGGUCCGUUCAUCCUGCAGGAGCACGUUUUACACCAGCAUCAGUGGACGCUGGAGCACGUCCUUCGCUCGCUGCAUCCCUGCUCUGACCGAGGCCCUCCAGACCACCAGAGGCCCACACCCGAGGAGCACCGGGAUCCAGAGCGGGAGGGAGGAGCUGGGCUGACUGGCUGAUGGUGAAGAGAACGUCAGAUCAGGUGAAGUGGAGCAGACUGAUGGAAAAAAGCAAGAUUCUUCCUGAGCCUCAUUUCUGAUUUAUCUGCUGUUGAAUCUCCGCCUCGGCCCAGAUCUGAGAGACCGAAGCCGUCGUUGAGGCGGUCUAACGUUUGAUUUGUAGCAAAGGUGGAGAAGUCCCUCACCCAGCAGGUGUGGAAGCAUCUGCGGGUGGAAACCCACCGUGGCUUCAAGUUGUUUCCAUUUGACGUUUUUCAUGUUGAAACCUUGUUUUUCAGAAUGUCGCAAACCGUAAUGUUUGUUUUAAAAUGUUCAUUUCAGAUGGAAUGAGGCCACUAAGUUAUUCCGUUAUUGGCCCAGAAUGAAUGAAAAGCCAUUAAAAAACUGCAGCUGAUGCUGAAAUUAGAAAUAACGAGGAGUCGUUUGCAGUUUUUGUGGAGUUUGUUCAUGAAGACAAAAGUGAACAGAGUGACAUGGUUCAGGUUCUCGGUGCCAAACUGAGUUUCAUGAAAACAUCUUUCAAACGUUUGUCAGGAAACUAAAAAUGAUUCAGUUUAUUUAAAAUCAGACUGAAACUAAAACCACGUAGAAAGUAGAAUCGUAGGAGGUGGCUGGCUGUUAAACAUCCUUUAGAUCUUAAUUUGUGGUGUUUUAUGUCUCUAGUUAGACGGAAAUGAAGUCAGAGGUUUGUGCUCUUCAGAAUUUUCUGAACCUCCUGGUUUGGUCUCGCUGUGUUUUCUGUUCUAAACAAGCCAGAUUCUUCUGGCUGAAGUUGAGACUUCAGAGUUCACUCCGCUCUGCUGCUUCAUCAUCAGCUGCUCCAGCUUCUCUCCACUCCGGAUAAGCCGAUAGCACGUUCACCAAAUAACCUGAAGUAGAAAAUAACUUAUUGCUGAGAUGAUGAAACGUCUCUCUGGGUAAACGUGUCUGGAUAGGAACUGAUGGUCGAUAUAACAGCUAUAACAACUAUUAAUUGUUAUUUUUUCCCACUUUAUUCUGUAAAAAGCUCCAUUUUUCAGUAGAGUUUUAUAAAGCAGCGUUCAGUUGCCCAAAACUCAUCGGUGCUGUUGGGAUCCUGCAGCCGUCUGGACGUGUUUAACAUCACUAGUCAAAGUUUUGCAGGAUUAUUGUGUAACAAGCGAGCCUGAAGGAGGAGCUGGCAGAGCUGAGAUGUUAAGCUGCUUUUACAG